AUGACUUUCAAAGGACCUCUUCAACCUCAACCAUUCACGAUCGAAACCCCUGAGCAUGUGUUGGAUGACAUGAAGACACUCAUUAGGCUAGGACGCCUUGCUCCAACCACGUACGAAGGCACUCAUCCAGAAGCCGGACUUGGUAUAUCCGAUGAAUGGAUCAAGAAUGCGAAGGAAGCUUGGCUAUCUGACUUUGACUGGCGAGCCCAUGAGAAGCGCAUAAAUUCUUUUCCCAACUGGAAAGUCGACGUUACGGACGAUGAUGGAUCCAUUUAUAAUGUUCAUUUUAUUGGUGUCUUGUCUAACGAUGCCAAUGCUGUUCCCCUGAUUUUAGCAUAUUUAGGAUCGAUCAUCGAAUUCCUUGACAUCAUUCCUCUCCUUCAGCAAUCGAAAUCCCCGUCAUUCCAUAUUAUUGUGCCUUCUCUCCCCGGUUUUGGCUGGACGUCAGGCCCACCCUUACACGUCAAUUUCAACAUGACAGGGAUCGCAAGGAUCGUAGACAAAUUGGUGACUGGGCUCGGCUUCCGAAACUAUGUUGUUCAAGGCGGAGAUAUUAGCUCUCAUGUUGCACGUGCUAUCGCAUCAAAAGCCCUACAUUGUAGAGCUGUUCAUGUCAACGCGUUCUAUGCAAAAGAAGCACCCGCAAGGGGACUACCUCUUACGCCUACAGAUGAAGAGAGGCUCAAAAACACACGGAAAUUCUUGGCAACAGGUUCUGCGUAUGCAUUCGAGCACGCCACUCGGCCUAGCACCAUUGGUCAUGUAUUGAGCAGCAAUCCUAUCGCUUUGUUAGCUUGGAUUGGCGAAAAGGUCAUAGCUGGGACCGAUUCAACUCCAUCGUUGGAUACUAUUCUUGCAUUGACGACGGUUUACUGGGUAACGAAUAGUGCUUCGACUAGUCUCUACCCGUACAGGACCGACGACUCACCAUAUAUCAGCGUUAAAAAGCCCCUCGGAUAUUCCAUCUUUCCCAAGGAGGUUUUGUCCCCCCCUCCAAGCUGGGUUGGUUACAAUACGAACCUUGUGUUUGUGCGGGAACAUCAAAAGGGCGGACACUUUGCGGCCCUUGAGUGCCCUCACGAGCUUGCGAAAGAUAUUAUCGAAUUCGUGUCCACGCUACACAAAUUUGAAGAGUCUUCGAGCGCGAACUUAUGA